AUGCGUUCCCUUAUCACAGGGAUUUCUACUUCAUUUCUCACGUUCAGCGUGUAUUUGACGGUGGUCCAUGGCAAUAAAGCUGAAGUCAAUAAGCAUCUCGAACUUGGUAAAUCAUUUCUCGCGAAAGGCCAAUUCGCCGAUGCACUUACUCAUUAUCAUGCUGCAAUAGAAAUGGAUCCAACGAAUUAUUUAACGUUUUAUCGAAGGGCAACUGUUUAUCUUGCUAUGGGCAAGAGUAAACAAGCUAUUCCAGAUCUCGACAAAGUUGUUGAACUCAAAGAAGAUUUCACAGCGGCUAGAAUACAAAGGGGAAAUGUUCUCCUGAAACAGGGUGAAAUUGAUGCUGCUGAGAGCGAUUUCCACGCAGUCUUGGCCACUGAACCAUCACACUCUGAAGUUUCGGCAAAACUUGACCUCAUUGCGGAUCUACGGCAAUACGUUCAUCAAGCUAAAUCAUUCUACGAACGAGAUGAUCAACAUUCUGCUGAAUACUACUUGAACAAAGCACUUGAGCAUCUCGUCUGGGAUCCGUCAUUGUAUCGGAUGCGUGCAAAAUGUCUGGAAUCUCGUGGUGAAAUUCGUAAAGCAAUCGCUGAUAUGCGAACACUUACUAAACUAGUGGCCGACAGUACGGAAGACUUCCUGAAAAUUUCUCACCUUUACUAUGGAAUCGGAGAUGUAGAAGAAGCACUUUCUCAAAUCCGAGAAUGUCUGAAACUUAAUCCUGACCACAAGGAGUGCUUCCCUUUUUAUAAGAAGGUGAAGAAACUUGCCAAAAUGCGAGAAUCCUUGAAUGAUGCUAAGCAGCGUGAAGACUGGAUGGGUUGUCUUGAAAAAGGUCAACAGAUCCUCAAAUACGAAAAUAAAGUGCUUGGUAUUCAAAUGGAUACGUUCCGGCAGCUCUGUAAAUGUAAUAUGGAAGCCGGUCAUAUCACUGAGGCAAUCCAGCAAUGCACAGAAGUGCUAACAAACAGCGAUCCGAACGAUGUGGACGUUCUCUGUGACCGAGCUGAGGCAUACAUAAUGGACGAACGAUACGAUGAAGCUAUCGAAGACUAUCAGAAAGCCCAGCAGGUGAACGAGGAUUCGAGACGAGUUCGAGAAGGUUUAGAUAAAGCACAGAAACUGAAAAAACAAGCCGGAAAACGAGAUUACUACAAAAUUCUUGGACUCAAAAGAAAUGCCAGUAAACGCGAUAUUACGAAGGCGUAUCGAAAAAUGGCGCAGAAAUGGCAUCCUGAUAACUUUAACGAUGCGGCCGAAAAGAAGAAAGCUGAACAGAAGUUUAUCGAUAUUGCUGCCGCUAAGGAAGUGUUAUCGGAUGACGAAAAACGUGCCCAAUAUGAUCAAGGAAUCGAUCCACUUGACCCAGAGGCACAACAACAAGGUCACACACAUUUUCAUUCCGGGUUCCCGGGCGGUUUUAUGUUCCGUGAAGGUGGCGGACCGUUUAGUUUUAAGUUUAAUUUUUAA